ACCCAAUCUUUCUUACUUGAGCCCGCGAGCCGCGAGCUUGACAACUCAAGUUAAAGAUGGCGGCCAACGUGGAACGAAUUCAACAACAAUUGCAAACGGAAUUAGAGAAAUACAAGGCUCAUCAGAUUGAUUUGCAAAAGUCAGUAAGCACUCGACAGCAACUCGACGCCCAGUUGUCAGAAAAUACCGUGGUGAAAGAGGAAUUGGACAAAAUCUCCUCAGAUGGUAAUGUGUACAAGUUGAUUGGCCCAGUGCUUGUCAAACAAGACCUGGAGGAAGCUAAGCAGACUGUUAGCAAGAGAAUAGAUUAUAUCAAUGGAGAGAUAAAAAGACAAGAUGGUAUGAUCAAUGAAAUGGAGAAAAAGCAAACAGUGAGCAGAGAAAGUCUGAACAAGUUGCAAAAUGAUUAUCAACAAUUCAUGACAAAAGCUGCAAUGAAAGCAUAAAUCCUAGCAUUACAGCAAUGAUUGGUUCACUACACAUGUUUACAGCAAUGAUUGGCCUACUACACAUUUGAAAUUUCAAAAAGCAUAAGUAUAUGGUCUCAUAGGCCCUUGAUUCUUUUGGUGCAUGUUAAGGACUCGCUUUUAACAUUUCUGCUACCCCUCAAACUUAGCUAUGUCCAACUUAGGGGUGCCUUUUCAGUUAUCCUACCUGACAGCAUUUUGAUGUAACAUCAGGUCAGCGGGUAUGCUGUUUUGAAGAUCACAAAAUUAGCCAGACUAACAUUAUGGGUUCAAACAUUUUGUAGGCUAGCAUACGCGUUCUCAGGAUUGGCCGAGGGGCGGGGAGUGCGCAGUCAUCAGGUAUCAUAUGGAAAAAGCAUGGAAUUCGAAAACUCGUUAACAAGAGAUGACCCACUUUUUACCCACCAAGGGGGGGGGGGGGGGGGGGGGGGGGUUGCGCACUCACCCUGCACACCCUCCUGUGUGUGCGCCUGUCUAGGGGGGAUAUUUUUCAUGAGCCGUAUUCAAUGCAAAUAAACUGAGUCAAGUCGGUAUAUACACUGUGUACCGCCCAUGGAAAUAAACUGAGUCAAGUCGGUAUAUACACUGUGUACCGCCCAUGGAAAAUAAAGCGAGUCAAGUCGGCAUAUACACUGUGUACCGCCCAUGGAAAUAAACCGAGUCAAGUCGGUAUAUACAUUGUGUACCGCGCAUGGAAAAUAAAGCGUUACAACAUAGCAGAGCACAGCCACAAGACUUCAUUUUUCACUUCGUUUAUAAAAUCUUGAAAAAAAAAAUUGCACUUGAUGGUU